UUAAACAUUCCAAAUAAGACCUCCACUGUUGCUUGCUGCAGUUAACUAUUUUCGUUACUAUACCUCCAUUGCUUCUGCAGCUACCUAGCUUCUAUAUAUGUAUAUACACACUAUGUAUCUUUACAACAAGAAAGAGCCUCAGCCAAUAACCGCCAAUAUAUAUAGCAUAUGAAGUCGUUAUUGUAGAAUUCAGAACCCAUAAAGUUCAAAUCUUGGAUCAGCUUCUGUUUAACCAGAAGAUAUAUACCUUUUGUUUUGUCGCAAAAUAUGACUACAGAAGGAGGAGGAGGAUCGACUUCGAGUCCUUCUCGCACUCUUUUAGACACUCCAACUUGGGCUCUGGCAAUUGUUUGUUUCAUCUUUAUUUUCCUUGGCAUUUUCAUUGAACACUUGAUCCAUCUUCUUUGUCAUUGGCUCAAAAAACAUAGGAAGACCGCUUUGUUUGAAGCUGUGGAGAAACUCAAAUCAGUGUUGAUGCAACUGGGGUUUUUAUCUCUGUUAUUAGCAGUGAUACAAAGGCCAAUAUCCAAAAUAUGCAUACCAAAUAGAAUAGCAAAUUCCAUGCUUCCUUGUCAUCAAAGGGAAUUAACGUCACUUGAGAACUCAAAGGAUCAUUGUGGCUCCAGAGGGAUGACUUCUUUUAUGUCACAAAAUGGAAUCAAUCAGCUAAACAACUUCAUAUUUGUGCUAGCAAUGAUGCAGAUUGUGUACAGUGUUGUCACAAUGGCUUUGGGAAGGGCCAAGAUGAAACGUUGGAAAACUUGGGAGAAGGAGAGUCAGACCAUAGAAUAUAUGGCAGCCAAUGAUCCUAAUCGAUUCAGAUUUACAAGAGAAACCACAUUUGGACGACGCCACAUGAACAAGUUUACAACCACUUCUACUCAUCUUUGGAUUAAAUGUUUCUUUCGGCAAUUCUUCCAUUCAGUAGCCAAAGUUGACUAUCUUACAUUACGCCAUGGCUUCAUUUCGGCUCAUUUAUCUUCAAACAAUGCCUUCAAUUUUCAGAAGUACAUCAAUCGGUCUUUAGAAGAUGAUUUUAAAGUCGUUGUUGGCAUCAGCCCUUUCAUGUGGUUAUUGGUGGUCAUCUUCUUGUUGGUUGACGUCCAUGGUUGGAACGUCUAUCUUUGGGUAUCAUUUCUUCCGCUCAUUACAGUGUUAGUGAUUGGGACUAAGCUGGAGACGAUUGUUGCCCAAAUGGCUCUUCAACUAGAAACUCAACAAGACAAUGACGUCAUCAUAGGAUCGCCAACGGUCCAACCUAAUGAUAAUCUUUUUUGGUUUAAUCAGCCUCAGUUUGUCUUGACCCUUCUAUAUUAUACCCUUUUCAUUAAUGCAUUUGAGCUGGCCUUCUUUAUUUGGGUGACGUGGCAAUUUGGAAUAAAAUCCUGUUAUCACGAGAAUGUGGAGAUCAUCGUUAUCAGGGUGGUAUUGGCGGUGACGGUUCAAGUACUUUGUAGCUACAUUACGUUGCCUCUCUAUGCCCUCGUUACUCAGAUGGGUUCACAUUUCAAAAGAGGAUUGUUGGAAGAACACAUAAUGCAAGCCAUAAAGCAAUGGCACGCACAAGUGAAAAAUAAGAAGAAGCUGCAGCAGGAAGAGGAGGCAGGUGCAAAGUUGUCAACAAACAACAGAGUUACCACAGAUCAGUUACCAGAAAUAGAAUUCUCCUCACACAAUAGAGUGCCAACUGUAGCUGAGUUCAGUGCUCAUGAAAUUCAUAAGAUCUCACAAACAUGAAGUUGUUAGUCCUUGUCCUAGUUAGUGGUUGAAGGAGAAGGAGAAUAUAAUUUUUAAUUAAUAGAAUACACAAGGAAAGACUCGAAAUUUUGCA